AUGCAUGUCCUCCUUGGUGAAACGAAAGAGGCCAUAUCACACCAAACAAAACAACAAGAGAGGCGCCAUGAAGCUGGCAAGAGUGAAGAAUGUCUUCGCGAACUCUUCCAGACGAACCCAAAAGAUGAUAGGGAACGAAUAAUCCGCAGAAAGGAUAACACCCCUACCCUUUUCAAAUCAUCAUACGAAUGGAUCCUAAAUGUCGAGGAAUUCCGACGCUGGCGGACCGACCCAGAAAGCCGCCGGCUCUGGAUCAGAGGAGACCCAGGCAAGGGAAAAACGAUGCUUCUUUGUGGUAUCAUUGAAGAGCUGGAGAAAAGCGAUCCGCGUCCGCUGUGCUACUUUUUCUGCCAAGCUACAGUGCCAGCGUUGGACAACGCAACUUCCGUCCUUCGGUCCCUAAUUCUUCAACUGGCUCAGAAGUAUCCCUGGCUCCGAACACAGGUUCUAGCCGUGUAUGAGAAGGGUGGCAAAGCUCGUUUCAAUGAUCACAACGCUUGGGGCACUAUACCGCCCCAAGCUUCUUCAUUUCAUCAGGAUCUCUCAGAAAUCUCUCGCGCUAGAGUCAUUAUCUCAAGUCGAAAGUGGGCCGAAAUUGGCGAGGUGCUCGGCGAGCACAAUACGAACGGGUCUACUAUUACCCUCGAAUUACACGACGAUCUAAUCUCCAAAGCGGUCCAUUCGUAUAUUGACCGAGAAGUUCAACAGCUGGCUAGCCGCAAAAGGUUCAACGAAAUUACCUGCUCAGAGAUUCAACUGUACUUGAGAAAGCAAUCGCAGGAUACAUUCCUUUGGGUCUCCUUAGUUUGUCAAGCUCUGCUUGAUGGUAGCGUUAAAAAGCGUAACGUCAUGAAGGUGCUUGAAACAUUUCCGCCUGGACUCGAUGCAUUUUACGAGCGCAUGAUCAGGUCUUUGCCCUCUCUAGACGAAGACCUGUAUAAAGAGAUACUGUCUGUCAUGUCGAUCCUCAAACGACCCGUUACGAUUGAGGAACUUCUUCCUCUCCUCCAGUCACAUUUCAGUGAUGAUGCGGAGUAUUUGGAGGAAGCAAUUAAAUCAUGUGGGUCUUUUUUGAGGAUCCAAGCAGAAAAGAUCUACUUUGUGCAUCAGUCGGCUGUGGAAUUUCUGAAAAGCAGUGCUUCAGAACUUUCCACUGUUGCAGAGCGACACAAGUCCGUUUUUAGGAGGUCUAUGGACGUCCUCAACACACCUGGGCAUCUGAAACGCGACAUUUACGGUUUGAAAGAGCCCAGUACAGGCAUAGCGGAAAUCCAUACCCCUGAACCCGAUCCUUUGUAUGCUAUACAGUACCUCUGCACCUAUUGGGUUGACCACUUGACUGACUGGGUCUGUGAAGAAAGGAUAGAAAUGGGACAGCCAACGUCACAAGACGACCGUGCCAUUUUCGAGGUCAACAGGUUCCUCAGAGGAAAGUUUCUUCAUUGGGUCGAGGCACUUAGCCUCCUUCGCCAGAUGCAACAGGCAGUACAAGCCAUUCAAAAGCUUCAGAUUCUGUUCAGCGUUGUGAAAGCACAGUUUCGGGAUGAGGCUCCUGACUGGGUCACAAUCACGCCUGGUCUGGAACGCACGUGGACCUACUCCCCCAAUGGGGAGUGGCUCGUCACUAGUUAUGACGAUAGUACUGUGAAGCUCUGGCAUGCGGAGAGCGGAACCUGCAUGCACACAGUCAGUAUCCUCGGCGAAGAGGAUAGACAAUACAGCGGGAACAAGGACUUGUAUGGAACAACGCCGGUGGCUUUUUCAGCAGACGGCAAAGCAUUUAUAUCCAGCUCCUGGAACGGUGUCGUGAAGGUCUAUGACAGAGACACAGGCCGCUGCACCCACCAGCUCGAACCAUAUUCAUCUAACGCCACGGUAAUAGCCAUCUCGUCAGAUGGGUCCACGGUUGCAUUGUAUGUUCAAGGUCGUAUCGUCAUUCAGAGUAUGAAAGGGGAAUUUCCUACUCGCACCAUCGAGUGCCAUCUUGAACAGGGUGAAGUUCACUCCAUAGCGUUGAACGCAAAUGGCCAUUGGAUUGCCUUAGGAUUAAUAGAGCAACUCCUCGAGAUUUUCGAUGUAUCGACAGGGGGGCGCCAACAGAUAUCCACGGAUCACGAGGUAGUUACUGUGGCUUGGUCGCCGGAUGGAGACUGGGUUGCGUCAGGUGGCAAGGCCAUCGCUGAAAUGUGCUUCAUCAUACAGAUCUGGGAAAGACGAACUGGAAAGUCAAUUCUGAGAAUCAAAUGCGAGGUACUAGACGGCUCUAAGCUGACAGCCGUACCCCAUUACAUGGACGUCUCAGCCGACAAAGAAUUCCUGGCAGCUGCCUCUCGAGAUAGCAUAUGCGUGUGGAACACGUCGACUGGUGCUUUAACGUGGGAGAUGUACGUUUCCGACUCAAGCGACAUACGCUCGUUUUCGUUUUCCCCAGACGCUCAGCGAAUCAUUUCGACGGCCUAUCCAUCAACGAUCAAAGUCUGGGACUUAUCAAUAAUGCCAGACGCCGUAUCCCGCCGGCCAUUUAAUCGCAGGGAACAAGUGAUCUUUGCUGAUGACGAUCGUUUCCUGACAUAUGGCCCCUUGAUGGAGAAGAUCAGACUUUGGGACAGACGAGCCGAUAUGCCAGAGUCAACGUUCUAUGAGAGGUCCGUGUCUGCUAUCGCACUAUCUCAAGACGGCCAGCAACUUGCAUCGGCUUCUUGGAAGAAGACUACGAUCACAAUUUGGAACACAAGUACCCGUGCUAUCACGAUGAAACUCUGUGGUCGCACAGAGCAUAUUUGCUUCAAUGCGCGUGACUCUAAAAAGAGCGUUUGCCAACGAAGACAUUGGGACAAUGAAGUAGAUGAUGAAGACUACAUCAGGACAAGACAAAGUCAGCCAUGCGAGAUACGUGGGAUCGACUCUUUGGCGUUUCGGAAUACCUCCCAGCUUAUUUCAAGCUUUGGGGGUUUGAUCAAGUUCUGGAACACAUCCAACGGCAGCUGCUCGCAGACCAUUGACUCUGGCCGCCAAUGUGUCGACAAGAUUACCUUGUCGAGUCAAGGCCAACGACUUGCUUGCCUUGUUUGUGAUUACGACGAAAGAGGAUGGAAACGCCCUGAUAACGCCAUCAUUCAAGUUUGGGACGUCGUCACAAACGAGUGCAUCUCGACGGUUUCCUUGGAACAUAUUUCGAUCGGCAUGAUCAAAUCUCUGAGCUUCUCGGCAGAUAUGCACCAGCUUGCCUCUUCUCCGUACGAGAUGAUACACGAUAGUUCAUAUCUCGCAGUCAUUAUUUCAUGGGACCUGAGAUCUGGUUCCCUUCUAGGAACGUUCACAAGCGACAAGAUCAAAUCCAUCAAAGCAAGGUUUGACACCAGAUUUGCAAAUCGUUUACACACUGCGUACGGCUUCUUCGACACACGCGAGCUUUUGGGCACAAGUAGCUCAAUUCAUAUCCACAUAGGCUCUAGAAUCUCUGGAGAACACGAAGACUUCGAGCAUACACCAGAUUCAGUGAGCUGGGAAACAAUGCCCGCCUUCCACGGCUAUGGCCUUAGCUGCGAUCGAGAAUGGAUCGUGCGUAACGGGAAACGUUUGCUGUGGAUUCCUCCAGAUUUCAGGCCCUCUCUUUAUGACGAUAUCAGUCCCGGUAUGGAUGGAUCGAGUAUCAUAUGGCUAAGAGGCACACGAGAGCCAGUACGAAUGUACUUUACAGAGUGCUAA